GUCCUUUGAUUUUGGACCAAUCAGGAAGUGUGCUACACCACUGGAAUGAAAUCUAUUACUUUGUGGAACAGUUGGCUCAUAAAUUCAUCAGCCCACAGCUAAGAAUGUCUUUUAUUGUCUUCUCUACUCGAGGAACAACCUUAAUGAAACUGACAGAAGACAGGGAACAGAUCCGUCAAGGCCUAGAAGAACUCCAGAAAGUUCUGCCGGGAGGAGACACUUACAUGCAUGAAGGAUUUGAAAGGGCCAGUGAGCAGAUUUAUUAUGAAAACAGUCAAGGAUACAGGACAGCUAGCGUCAUCAUUGCUUUGACUGAUGGAGAACUCCACGAAGACCUCUUUUUCUAUUCAGAGAGGGAGGCUAAUAGAUCCCGAGAUCUUGGUGCAAUUGUUUACUGCGUUGGUGUGAAGGAUUUCAACGAGACACAGCUGGCUCGGAUUGCAGACAGUAAGGACCAUGUGUUUCCCGUGAAUGACGGUUUUCAGGCUCUGCAGGGCAUUAUCCACUCAAUUUUGAAGAAGUCUUGCAUUGAAAUUCUGGCAGCUGAACCAUCCACCAUAUGUGCAGGAGAGUCAUUUCAAGUUGUCGUGAGAGGAAACGGUUUCCGACAUGCCCGCAACGUGGACAGGGUCCUUUGCAGCUUCAAGAUCAAUGACUCAGUCACACUCAAUGAGAAACCCUUUGCUGUGGAAGAUACUUAUUUGCUGUGUCCAGCACCUAUCUUAAAAGAAGUUGGCAUGAAAGCUGCACUCCAGGUCAGCAUGAACGAUGGCCUCUCUUUCAUCUCCAGUUCUGUCAUCAUCACCACCACACACUGUUCUGAUGGCUCCAUCCUGGCAAUCGCCCUGCUGAUCCUGUUCCUGCUCUUGGCCCUGGCUCUCCUCUGGUGGUUCUGGCCUCUCUGCUGCACCGUGAUUAUCAAGGAGGUCCCUCCACCCCCUGCGGAGGAGAGUGAGGAAGAAGAUGAUGAUGGUCUGCCCAAGAAAAAGUGGCCUACGGUAGAUGCUUCUUAUUAUGGUGGGAGAGGCGUUGGCGGCAUUAAAAGGAUGGAGGUUCGUUGGGGAGAAAAAGGCUCCACAGAAGAAGGUGCUAAGUUAGAAAAGGCAAAGAAUGCAAGAGUCAAGAUGCCAGAGCAGGAAUACGAAUUCCCUGAACCUCGAAAUCUCAACAACAACAUGCGUCGGCCCUCUUCCCCUCGGAAGUGGUACUCUCCGAUCAAGGGAAAACUUGAUGCCUUGUGGGUCCUACUGAGGAAAGGAUAUGAUCGUGUGUCUGUGAUGCGUCCACAGCCAGGAGACACGCUACUCCACCCCAGCCCUGCAGAUGCAGACACAGGCCCACCAACAGAGCUUCUGAGGCUGCUGAAAGGCCUGAGUGCCUCCAGCCCCAGUGCAGAGCCAGGGCUGGGGGAGGCCUGA